UGGACCUGGACCACUCCGCCGCCGUUCUCCCGCCGCCGGCGCCGAUGGAGCGCCUCCGGAUCGCCGUCUCCCACCGCCCGCCUCCGCUCCUUCCCGCCCCGAACCACCUCCGCCGCCGCCAGCUCUCCCUCCCCGCUCCCCUGCCCCUCCAGCUCGCCUCCAGCUCCCUCUCCUCCCGGCAUCACCUCGCCCCCGCCCCCCGCCGCCACACCCCGCCUCUCCUCGCCUCCCAAACACCCAGCCCCAACCCCGACCCGGACCCCAGCGCGCCCCCGGCCGGCGCGAAGCUCGUCCCGCUCCUCCUCUCCCUGGGGGCCGGCCUCGCGGUGCGCUUCCUGGCGCCGCGGCCCGCGGAGGUGAGCCUGCAGGCGUGGCAGCUGCUCUCCAUCUUCCUCUCCACCAUCGCGGGGCUCGUGCUGGGCCCGCUCCCCGUGGGCGCCUGGGCCUUCCUCGGCCUCACCGCCGCCGUCGCCACGCGCACGCUCCCCUUCGCCGCCGCCUUCUCCGCCUUCACCAACGAGGUCAUCUGGCUCAUCGUCAUCUCCUUCUUCUUCGCGCGGGGCUUCGUCAAGACCGGCCUCGGCGACCGCAUCGCCACAUACUUCAUCAAGUGGCUCGGGAGCAGCACCCUCGGGCUGUCCUACGGGCUCACCAUCAGCGAGGCGUGCAUCGCGCCCGCCAUGCCCAGCACCACCGCCAGGGCCGGGGGCGUGUUCCUGCCCAUCAUCAAGUCGCUCUCCCUCUCGGCGGGCAGCAAGCCUAACGACCCCUCGUCGCGGAAGCUCGGGUCCUAUCUCGUGAUGACCCAAUUUCAGGCCGCUAGUAACUCGAGUGCCCUCUUCCUGACAGCUGCUGCACAAAAUCUGCUGUGCUUGAAGCUAGCAGAGGAGCUUGGUAUAAUAGUUGCUAAUCCAUGGGUAGCUUGGUUCAAGGCAGCUAGUUUGCCGGCUAUUGUAUCUCUACUAGCAACACCAUACUUGCUAUACAAAAUCUUCCCCCCUGAAAUAAAGGACACACCUGAAGCCCCAGCAUUAGCUGCAGAGAAGCUGAAGCGCAUGGGCCCAGUGACUAAGAAUGAAUGGGUAAUGAUUGGUACAAUGCUUCUUGCAGUCUCAUUAUGGGUUUUUGGGGAUGCUAUUGGUGUAUCUAGUGUUGUUGCUGCAAUGCUUGGGCUCUCUAUUCUUCUCCUGCUCGGUGUGCUAGACUGGGACGAUUGCUUGAGUGAAAAGUCAGCCUGGGAUACACUGUCCUGGUUUGCAGUUCUAGUUGCCAUGGCAGGGCAGCUCACAAACCUCGGAAUUGUGUCGUGGAUGUCAACUUCUGUCGCCAAGAUGCUUUCAUCUUUCUCUUUGAGCUGGCCUGCGGCUUUCGUUGUUCUCGAGGCCUCCUACUUCCUCAUCCACUAUCUAUUUGCGAGCCAAACUGGACAUGUUGGAGCCCUGUUCUCUGCGUUUCUGGCCAUGCAUUUGGCGGCCGGUGUUCCCGGCGUGCUGUCUGCGCUUGCUUUGGCGUUCAACACGAACUUGUUUGGCGCGCUCACUCACUAUAGCAGUGGGCAAGCUGCGGUGUACUUUGGAGCGGGGUAUCUGGAGCUUCCGGAUAUAUUCAAGCUGGGCUUCGUAACAGCCUUGAUCAACGCUUUGAUAUGGGGAGUUGUUGGAACCUUUUGGUGGAAAUUCCUGGGGCUAUAUUGACAGUUAAGGAACUGUAAGUUGACCGAAGCUCUGCUGAGCUCAUUGAAGUAUGGUUAUGGUGCUAUAAUUCGAUGGUGGUCUGUUCCUUUUAUCCUCUUCUUCCUUUGGGUGCUUGUGGUGAUCUUUCGAUGAUAGGGUAAUGGCAGAUAAUCUGUCUUGGGCCUGCCUUUGUCAUUUCCGUCUCUGUCUUGUACAGCACCCGUUUCCUCUCUUUGGAAAUGUAAGUUAGAGCCGGAACAGUUUGACGCUGAAAUAGGUUAAUCUUGUUACAGUGUUGUUUAUCGCUGGAGUGUUAAUCUAUUGCUGAACUCUGGCAUUGUUUUA